GUAUCUGUGCCUCCUCACUCACACACACACACAGAUUAGCAGCAGCAGCAGACUGUUGCUUUUUCAGCUCAUGUGUUUUAAUGUGAGGAAUCCGUUAAAGAGUGAGGCUUGAUGUGAUUGUUGUACUUUAACCGUGAGUAUUGAACGGUCGACUUUUAAAAACUGCCAUUAGAGGGAAAUGUCAUGUCAGCGGCUGAAGUUAAAGCUGGAAUCCGAGUGUGAACCGUCGGAGGUGGACUGAGAGAGCGACAGAGAGAGAGAGAGAGGAGCUACAGCUACAGCAGCGGCUGAAGUUUACUACAGUUUCCUCGAUAACAAAGGAGAGCUGCUGACUCUCACCCCGGACUCUUUAUUCGACGCCAUCCUUCGAUAAACGUCUGAAAAGAGAGGGUUUAACGUGAGAGACAUGCUCCCCCGCGGUGUUUGCUGUGUUCACGGUAAGAACGGUUAAAGAAGUUCACAGGAGCUAGUUAGCUUUAGCCGUUAGCUUACCGACCUGUCUGUAGAAAUGUCAGAGUGUUAGCUGGAGAGGCUAAAGCUAAUGUAUAUUUAAUUUUACACAUAAAUACUGUCAUUGAAGUUAAUGCUGUUUUUAUUAUUGGAGAUUUAAGUCACUUUAAUGUGAGUGGUAGUCAAAGGCAAACUUUAAAGUAGGGGAGGCUGGGUACGGUUGCAUCACUGUCUGCAUUCCUCCCACUCAAGUCAAAUUCAGUUAUAUUGACAUCAUACGUUUAUUACUUAGUCAUAUUCAUUCUAUUUUAGACAUUUACAACACUUCUGAGGACAGCUGCAUUAUUAUAUUUCACUGAUAAACAUGUGAUUUUUACCCUUAUAGGUUUAACCAAUUUUACAGUCUACUUGUACAUAAACUUGUAUUCUGAUUACUUUGCCUUUAGAGUAAAUCUUCGUUUCUUAGGGUGUUUUUGUAAUAUAUUCUUGCUGUAAAUCUCAUAGAUAUAAUGACAGGUAUGACACAAACUUGAAUUAAUCAAUCAGUCUUUAUUUGUACAUCACUUUUAAUACAAAAAUGAUGUAGCACAAAAGGUUUUACACAACUGAGGGAUAAAAGAAACAAACAACAACCUAAUCUACCCCAACCCACAAUCUCAGCACAAUAGAAACAUGUAUUAAAAUGCAUGAACUUAUAAAGGGCUUGAUAAGGAAGAUGAAAUAAGGAAACACUGGAGGUUUAAAAUCUAAAAGCAAAGUAACAUAAAAUGAAAUCUAAGAAAUAAUAAAUAAAGUGAAAUAAAAACAGUAAAAGAUACUAAAAUAAGAGCACCAAAACAGCUCAAUAAAAGACAAUCCUGUCAUUAAAACUUAAAGAGAUAAAUGAUAAAACACUUAAAGUUAAUGAGGUAAAAUUUAGUUAAAAGCAAGAUUAAAAAGGUACGUUUUUAGGCCUCAGGUCUUCAGGUGAACUGUUCUAUAAUAGUAAAAAGAUGCCUUACCGUAUGUCUUGAUUUUAACUUAAUAGGUAAUAAUGUUAACAGAGAACUUCCUGAAGACCUGAGGACAACAGAUCAGAUAAAUAAGAUUAAGAGCUUUAAAAACCAAUAAAACAACCUUAAAAUCUAUUCCAAAAGAGACGGGUAAACAAUGCAGAGACCUUAAAAUCGGUGUAAUGUGACAGUCAGGGCAAAAACUGACAGUAAGCUACUGUUUUUAAUCGCCCUCCAAAAGUCUUGACACUAAAGGAAACAGCUGAAGCAGGUCAGUCAGUGUUUUAGUAAACAGUUGUAUGUGGGUGUCUGACAGUCCAAACCCUGAAGCUCAGACAUGCAGACAGCAGAGGGACAGCUGAAAGAUGGUGGAGCAGUAAGGGAUAAAUGAUAACACGUUUCCCUUCACUUAUUUAUAUCAUAUCAAACUCAAACAUUCAUUCUACUAUAUCAGAAGUGUUGACAGCAAUGCCAGCUAUAUGUAGCCAUAUAUGUGUAACCCAAUUUCUGUGUCUUAAUGAAUUAAAAAUCCAUCUAAAAUAGACUUAAUAUUGACUUAUUUUGCUUGUACCUUCUUAGUACUAACUUCCACCAGUAUUAGCUGCUUUUUAGACUCAUUUCUCCCUCUCGACUUUGUGCUCCUGUUAAAGAUGGUGAAAUAAGUCGGUCGUGCCGCUGCCUCAAAGCUGCAGCAGCCUGUGAACGAACUUUUUGUGGUGCGUUUGAGGUCUGACGCCACCAAACCGAAGCAGUUCGUAAUGACUGACCAGGAUGUGUCUCUUUUGGAAACAAACUCGUUAUUAAAGCCGUCGGCCAUGAUGGUGGUGUGUCUCUGCAGGAAGUAAACAAGGGCAAAGGGUUUGGAUUAAGAGAGCACCAGGGAAGAUUUCCUUAGUUUUUAAUCAUCUGUAACCUUAAAUAAAAAACGAUCAAAGGUCCAGACUUUGUUUCGGAUCAGUGAAUAAUUGGAGUUGUAUUAAUAGUACAUGUUAAUAGCAGACAGAGGUAGUCGUAUAUGUAAAGUUUGAUUCUUCUAGUCUCCACCAGUCAAUGUGAGGAAUGUGUGAAGUGUUGCAGCUGUCCCCGGUCUCCCCUAUAAGCUGAACUCUCUGAGUGCCGGAUCGAGGUCGUCAUCUGCUUCGUUGUCGUUUAUUUCACAGAUUAAAAGUUUGAGUCAAUAUUUUCUGAACACCUUCUUCUCUCUCUCUCUCUCUUUCAGGACAUGGAUCCCGGAGAAAGACCGUCUGAGUAAACACCGAUCAGAUUAAUAUUCAGGACCGCCGCUUCAUCAAACCACCCACUGCCACCGGAUUUGAUCACGCCAACUAAAUGUAAAGGAUCGAUUUGUUCCAGCCACCAUGGAUAUCUUUCCCCGGCCAAGCGGAGAAAUCCAGAGGAGAAACCCCCAGCAUGACUUUGAGCUCAUUCAGAGGGUGGGAAGCGGCACAUAUGGAGACGUGUUCAAGGUACAGUGAGGCCCUUCUGGUUCCCACAGACCGUCACCAGAGCCGCACGGAUCUUGGCGCAGAGUCACGUGACUUUUCGAUCCCCGUUUGAGGCAGAGCGGUGUUUGUUUUAGCAGCUUUGAUAACAUGUGGCUGACACAUUUGAUAGUCGCUUCUGAGCUGGAGCCAACUUCUGCCUCCUAAGAAAAAGUCUUGAGACUGUAAAAGUCGGAAAACUGCGAGUAAAAGUCUGGUAUCAAAACUGCCUGCAGCUCAAAAGAGAAAGUUUUAAUUUGGUCGAGCGGCCGAGAUCAGAAAUAAAACCGAGUUCUGACCACAGAUGAACACGAAGUGAAGGUGGAGCUAUAUUUGACCUCUUUAUAUUCUGCUGGGUUCCGGUUAAAGAGUUUAUUUCGAAAUCUAUUCGUUGUCUGCUCGUCUAGAUAGUGACUAAAAGUUCAAGACUUAGAAAUGCAACUUUUAACAAAUAAGUGUAACACAGAAGAAGUUAAAAAAGUCAUAAAACAACAGUCUAAUUAAGUCCUCAUUACAGAUAAGAUAACUGACUGUUUUAAUCACACUCCUUAUCUUAUUGGAGAUAAACUCUGUAGUGAGUCUGUGUUGUAAAGAUAAAGAGUGAUCCAUUCAGGGUUAUUUACUGCAUGUGUCAUGUGACCGUCUUGAGUUCUUGGUGCUGCUGGUCCGUUUUUAUCAACAUCACUUUUAUGAAUUUGCAAAGAAAGAAACAUUACCGACGAAUUUUUAAGACAUUAACAUAAGGUGUCUAAAAAAUAACCCUGUGAGCGUCCAUGACCUGAUGUAAGGCUGGGCGAUAAAGCGAAAAUUUACAGAUACCGAAAUUUACGACCUCAUUUUGCCCAUAUCGGUAAGGAAAUAGCCCAUAUAUGGCUGAGAGAUUUACUUAUUUUUUUGGGUCAUAAAGAGGCGUCACCUUUAAUUUCAGUCCGUUACGUCUAAAGAAACAAUCAGAUUCUCCUCGUUUUCAAACUUUGUGGGAUAAGGAGGCGUCAAUAUUUCAAAAUAGGGACGAAAAUUUACCGAUACGGAAAUUUACGACAAUAACUGACGUCAUUUUGCCCAUAUCAGUAUAUUCUGUGUCAAAUAAGUAAAUAAAUAACUAGUACUAAAAGUACUAUCCCCGAGAAAUGCGGUGAAAAGUGUCCUGUGUGUCAUGAUGUCAUCAUCCAGCUUUGCAGCGAGUUACAUGCCUAUGUAAGAUACUUGAUUCUGAUUGGUCUAAACUCUGACGACCUCUUGACGACCUCAGAGGCAAAGGUGUAAGUUUCCAUCGGCACACCAAACCGGAUGUUUUAAUUUAAGAUUCUAGUGCUGGGCGAUAAACCGAAAAUUUACUGAUGCCAAAAUUUACGACAAUAACCGACGUCAUUUUGCCCAUAUUGGUAUAUUCGGUUUAAAAAAAAAAUAUUUAAAUCAAAGUUGUUUUUGGAUGUGUGUAGGUAGGCUAUGGUCUCAUGUCCCUUUAAGACGCUGUCCUACGUCAGAGACGUGACUCCACCCCAUCCAGUCUGUAACAAAGAGGGAAAGACAGGUGAGGAGAUGGAGGACGGAGAGAAAGUUGGAGCGGCUGAAGUAGACGAAGUUAAUGUGGGAGGGGGUGAGCAGCUUGUGGAGUAGUUAUCGAGGUGAACUGAUCAAUAUAUCGGUAUAUUGAUUUGAGAACAUAUCGCCCAGCCCUAAGCUGAUGGUUCAACUGCAGGAUCUCAGUGGAAUCAGACAGAGGAGAAAACAAACAGUCGGGUUUUGUUUAGUGUGUUUCUUCUCGGCCCCUCAGAUCUAAUCCCUGUCAGACACUCAGAUGAAACUACGUCACAGUUUCUGAUCCCGACCCUCAAAGAAAGAACUCGACUUCUUCCAGGAGAAAAGUUAAAACUCUUUUUCAGCCCUUAAGAGGAACUUUAGCGUUUUGUUGCUUUUGGGGAUCUCUCUUCUCUCUUGACUCGUUUCUUCUUUUACACCUCUCAGUGUUUUUUCUCACUCAGGUGUCAUCGCUCUUUAUGAUGGAUGUUUUACAUUCAGCCUGCAGUGACUCUUUGGCGUGACGGCGUGCUGCAGCAGAACGGCCGACAGGCAUGUAAAAAAAAGAAAACAAACAUGUCGAGUUAGUCAGUCAAGUCAUAAAGAGGCGUCAGUUUUAUUAUUAUUAUCAUUAUCAGUCUGUUUUAUUACGAGAGGGAAACCAUCCAGAGAUCGUUUGGUCGGUGCCGGCGGAGAGGUGGACGUCAUCCUGCUCGCACAGUUUGAGUAAUUUUCCUUUUAAAUGAGAAAACUGAAAAUCUAAAACAGAAGCUGUCCGGUUAAACACGAUGAAUCACCGCGUUUCCCCUCAGCCUGCGGUCUCCGGACAUGUGAGCUCUCCUGCUGCUGCAGAACCUUCUUGUUUAUCCGUCAGCCGUGGCGAAAAACAGGCGACCCGUCUGAUCCAGAGUGUGAUAGUUCAGGCAGCGUGUCACGGUCUCUCUCCCUCCUCCACCUCCCCUCCUCCAUACAAAGGCUCUAUGACCAGCACCCCCACCCCUCCACCCCUCCACCCUCAGACAGGCCACCGGUGGAAUGCUGCGCCUGGUAUUCUCCCACAGCUCGCUGCAGCAGCGCCGCAGAAAUAUGAUCAGGCCCCUGUCUAAACAUGCGUCUGUGUGUGUGUGUGUGUGUGUGUGUGUGUGUGGGUGUGUGUGUGUGUGUGUGUUCAGGCCGCACUGACAGCGGAAACACCUCCAGUUGGGAAAAGUCCUCCUCUCUCUCUCUCUCUCUCUCUCUCUCUCUCUCUCUCUCUCUCUCUCUCUCUCUCUCCUGCUGAGUGGAGUCACAGUUUAACGCCGCAGCAUUCCUCACUUUAGUCGCUUUAUUACAUACAAACAUAUUUAUCUAAGAGACAUGUUUCCUCCGCUCUAAGGGAAGAAAAGUGUCGUAAAGUUUCCUCUUUCCUUUUAUUGAUGCUCAUAUUUAAUUUGUUUUCACGAAGUAACGACAAAAACAAACGUAAACUUCUUCAUUUACGGUAAUUUUCCGUCAAAUUCUUGUACUUUUGAUUUCGUCACACGAUCAGAAGUACGAGAAUUCGACCUCCCUGCGUGCUCUCCCUCUGCAGGCUCAGAUGAAACAUCCUCUGAGGCGACCACGUUCGUUCGAACUGUGUCUGGUCUUCGCUCGGUGACCCUGUUUAGAAGUUUCCACCGAGUUCUGCCAGUGAACGCAGAGUGGAGGCUGCUCGUACUCGGCCCUGCAGAAGUCUUGUUUUGUGGGUUUUUCCAUGAGCGGAGGCUGGGAAUCAGAAGUCGGAGGAACUGUCCGUGAGGGAACUUGUGACCUCUUUAACCCCGAAACCUCCAGGACGCCUCCAUCAGCCGAUCCGACAAACGUCUGUGAGAGUGCAUCAUCGUCAGAAAAGUCAAAGUAGGAUGUUGAGCUUCUUGUAGCUGCAGCUUCGUCUCUGGGGACGUCAGGCACACCUGGUUUCUCCUCAGCCUGACACGCUGAUUGAUCUCGGGUCAGAUCUUCUCUCUUCAGAGGUCGUUCUCACGGCAGACUGCUCCUUCCUUCCUGCAGACCAGCCUCAGGUCUUCUUCUGUCUGCUGUGUCACCUCAGAGCUUCCCUGUUCCCGUGUGGUUUACACUUCUGUAAUGUAGAUGAUGAGGAAGUCAGAGACGAUCACUGAGGCUGACUUUAAACGUUUGAUUCUCAGAGAUGAACAGACUGACAGCAGCUCAAACAUCUCAACUAUUCUCUGUGAAAUACUUUCAUAAUCAGGUCUCUGUAGUGUGUGUGUGUGUGUGUGUGUGUGUGUCUGCGCACAUGUGGUAUCAGCUGCACUUCAGCAAAACAAGUCAGCGCUUUGUGUGGUACAUGAUUGUGUAACUGUGUGUGAAUCAGCAGCACAUUCCCUGAGCUGAGAGGUGGCCGCCGUGCUGGAGGGUUUUAUGGUUUACGGUUGAUUUAGCCGCUCGCCCCGUCGCCUCACUCCCACGGAUUAGGAAGCAUCCCGUCUUGACCUGGAUUUGGAAGUCAGCGACUCAGCGCAGCCGACUUUAAAAUAGAAAGUUCACAAAUGAGGGAGCGAGAAGUUUGUCGGUGUUCUGGUCCAGAGAUGAAGCUGUGGAGAUAACGUGGAGUGGAAAUGUUUCUGCAUGAAGAAAACGAUGCAGCGGCUCUGAAGACGGAUUAAAUGUAGAUCAGGAUAUUUAAAGCCUGGGAACAGCUGACCGGACUCUGGAUUCUGAGCAGAUAUGAGUGGUCAUUUUGGCUUUAUGGGAGUUCAUAUAGAGGCUGGUGUUAAAUACGGUUACAUGGAGUAUUCACUUUAAAGGCACUGUAAGGAGUUUUCUUUGACUGGGUUUGAAAUAGGGCUGGGCGAUAUGUCCUCAAAUCAAUAUCCCAAUAUAUUGAUCAAAUCACCUUGAUAUCGAUAAAUAGACGAUAACUACUCCACUAUCUGCUCACCCCCUCCCACAUUAACUUCGUCUACUUCAGCCGCUCCAACUUUCUCUCCGUCCUCCAUCUCCUCACCUGUCUUUCCCUCUUUGUUACAGACUGGAUGGGGUGGAGUCACGUCUCUGAUGUAGGACAGCGUCUUAAAGGGACAUGAGACCAUAGCCUACCUACACACAUCCAAAAACAACUUUGAUUUAUUUAUUUUUGACACCAAAUAUACCGAUAUGGACAAAAUGAUGUCGGUUAUUGUCGUAAAUUUUGGUAUCUGUAAAUUUUCGGUUUAUCGCCCAGCCCUACAUCAGGUCAUGGACGCUCACAAGGUUCAUUUUUAGACUCCUUAUUUUAAAGUCUAAUGGUUCAUUAUUUGUUUAUUUGUUUGUUUUGAACCCCAUUAGCUUCCAUAAAGUGGUUGCUCGUCUUCCUGGGGUCCAAAAACUUAAAAUCACAAUACAAUUACAUUUCAACAAUUAAUUAAUAGUAAAUACAAUUAAAGAUUCAAAUCAUGAUUCUAAACAACAUUAAAAUCACUCCAAAAUCUGUGCUUUUAUAGUUCAUUCAUAGAUAUAGUUCUGUUUUAAAGUCUUUAUAAAAUAAUACCUACUGCUUAUUUGCUGUAAAAACCAAACGAAAUCCUCCUUGAGGAGCUUUAAUCCGUUCAUUUCCUUCCACACCUCCACAUUGAAACCCCUGAGUGAACCUUUAAGCUGACGAUGAAGAUAACUACGACAUCAUCUAUCUUUGCUGUCAUCAUGAAGUGAUAAUUCUGGGGAAAAGAGUCAGAAAUAACUCAAAAUAUCUUGAUGAUUAUUCAUGACUGAGUCAGCACCUCCUCCCGUUCUCAGACCACUCCUUCACUGAACAAACUUUGACCUUUUUAUCGACUCUUUACUCAAGACUCAAACAAAAAAUGUACAUUAGAUGGAAACAAUCCUUUCACAGGACGAUAUUCUCUCAUAUUUACAUGAAGAUACUCUUUAUUUAUUCACCUGUUAAUAUAAAAUUUAGAUUCAGGACAAUAGCAAGUAUCUUAAGAGCUCUAAAAACUGGAUUUCUGUGUGAGUUUCCUCAAUAAUCGAUUAAUCUUUAGGCCUAGGGAACAAAAAAAGGUCUGAUUAUUUGUUGUUCUGUUUCGUCUUUCAGGCCCGAAACAUCCAAACCGGGGAACUCGCUGCAGUGAAGAUCAUAAAGCUGGAACCAGGUAAGAGAAAAACAUCAGCUGUUUGUUUUCUGAGAUUUCCUCGGAGCUGAAAAAUCAGGCCUACUUUGGAAAUGAGCGGAGGUAUUUCUUUUUCCGAGGAUUUGAACGGUAUGCACAUGAAGUAUUAGAGAAAUCUUGUUGCGCACUCAGAGCCAGGACUAAUGAGCACAUAAAUCAAGCUUUGUUUGAUUCUGGCGUCGACCUAAAUAUGCAACAGUCUUUUCCUGUAAGGACACAGAGGAGGAGAGAGAGAGAGGAUAUUUGUGAUUGUGCUGCUCAUGACCUACUGACAGAGUUAGUGCCAUCCAGAUUAGUGGGAUUAGGUCCAGGGCUUUGUACCACCAGCAGCAUCCAGACUGAGCUCGGCUGAUUACCAGUCAGUGAACGGAGAGACUCGCUCCUGUUUGUUUUCUCUUUCAUUCAUCACCUCUCUGUUAGGAGCGCAGACCAUCCGGGAAUACUAAUACGUGUGUUUGUCCGGAGUUCUCACACUUCCUGUUGUACCUCUCAGGUGUCACCCUGCGUUUUUUUUUUAAGAUUUAAUUUCAAAAUAUUCACAAAUAUUUUAAUAAAUCCAAGGAGAUCUUGAGAUGUAGAUGUUUUCCCUGAAUAUUGGAGGGAGAGGGAUUAUCGUUAGAGUUUGUGUGUGAACAUGAAGAAGAGGAUCAGGGCGCUUAGGGAAAGGGAGCGAAUUUCAGAUUGUCGCAACUUUUGAAAAUCCAGACUCAAAGGACUUAAAGAUGGAUUUAUUAUUACAGUUGUACUGUGUACCUAUAUGUAAAAGUUCACUGUACAUCUUAACCAGUUUUAUCAAUCAAUCAAACUUUAUUUUGGUGUCCAUUCAAGCAGGAUAUUAAAAACAAUGAAAUAGAAUAAAUACAAAUACAAAUACCAAACUCCGCCCACCCUCCCAACCCCCAUUCAACACAUACAACACUCAACUUGUCUUGAAACUAAUCUUAAAAUCAAACACUAACAGAAAGUAAAUCAAAAAAGAGGUAAUAAAACAAAAAAUAGUUACUCAAGGACUAAAAUAGCUUUAAAUCCCAUAAUGCAGAUUAAAAGAUUAAAACAAAAUUUAACUAAAAGCCAAACUGAAAAGGUCUUGAGUUUACUUUAAAAAUAUGAACAGUAUUUACGACCACCUUCAGGGUUAACUUAGAGACGCUGAAUUCAACUCUCAACACCAGCCCCGCUCGGUCUGAGGAGUAAAACUCUUCACAUUUUAGUAUAACGUUCGGGUUUUUGCACCUUUUGCUCAGGCUAACCCUGACCAAAAAGACAUUUACUCGUUCACCGAGCACGGGUUAAAGGGUUAAAUUCUCCUUAAACUGCACUGCCAAGUAAAUAACAACUCUGUUCACUGGUGCUGUUUACAUAUAUUUCAAUGUGCCAUCAUGAAAUAAUUUGGAGCAAACAGGCCUCUUCACAUGCAAAUGAACCUCACUGCAGAAAAAAACAAAACCGUCUAAUGAAUGUUUGAGUGAAAUGUUUACCGUCUGCUGAAAGUUGGUGGCAGUAAUGACACAAUACUUAUACUGGGAUUCCACUGCAUGCAGAUCUGCUACGCUCUGCCCCGGAACAGCAGUCAAAAACGCAAGCGUACAGCACCCACUGGAUGCAGAAAGCGGAGGAGAAGUGCUUGUGAUAUUACCGAUAUUUCUCGCGAGACUGGAAGAGAUCACACAAGAUCUCGCGUGUUUCACCGUGAGACAUUGAAUAAAAUCGGCGGUGCAUAUAAACACCCACAUCCCACAACACUGGCCCCUCCCAUUAUCAUGUGAAGAACAGUUUAACAAAUUGACUUUAUUUUAUUUUAAAAAUUACUCUGUAGCCGCAUACAACUUCCACUGCUGCUCUGCACUGAAUUGAUGCGCCGUUCUGCGGCGUCCAGCAAAAGUAGAAGCCUUGAGAAUCUGAUCCGACCAUCAGAGCAGUUCACCAGCGGAGCCGGAUGGCAGACGGAUUGUGUGUAAUCAUGCACAUUGAUUAUAACGCUGAGAUAUAAUGUAUCUGAACACAAACAUGUCAUGAAAUCCCCCCACAGUGAGAUAGGACAGAGUUUGGCACUGUCAGGAUUAGAGUGCUCAUCACAGCUCUGCGCAACAGAGAGUGGAACUACUGAGAGGUCAAAAUCAGGUGAAACUGGAGCAAACUGCACAGAGAUGACGGAUCACUCUUUAUCUGACAUUGUUAUACUUUUACAUUAUGAAGUUAUAUUAGGAAUAAUUCAUCUGGUGGUGAUAAUCCUAGAGAGUCGUAGUUGUGAGUCAUGUGUGCUUCAGUCUGACGGUAAAUAAAGUCGUUUGCCCCGAGCAGGUUUGCCUGUAAGCACCUUUAAACACUGGAAUAUUUGCUGUGCUCAUAUUGACUUUAUCUUUCUGAUGAGAUGGAGCGAGGAUUAACCCAGCCCAGGUCGUCCUGUUUCAGCAGGACUCUCUGUCUUUUACACCCCCGCCCCCCCGUCACUGCAAGAGUCACUCCUUUCUGUGCUUUGGGUGGACCUGAGAACCAAACAGGUUUGACCAGGAGGAGUGACGACGCUGGUAUGAAGGACGGGACACGAGCAGAGAGAGAAAGGAGGGGGAGGGAGAGAGAGAGAGGAGGGGAGGAGGGGGGUGAGGCCCUCUGGCUGCAGAAGCUGGAGGUACAGCAGGUUAAUCUGAACGACUGUUGACACCAACACUGUCCAAACUUUGGUGUCUGUUAAAUUAGAGAAUCACUUCUUCUUCAUCCCAGUUAGACCUGCGAUAUAGAUAUAGAUCAUAUAGAUACAGAGGAUUACAAAGUCAGAGAAUGAACGACAUGGUGACUCUAUGAUAAAAGGAUUAUCUGAUUUUCUUUGUAUGUCACAGAGAGGCUUCAGUUCCGGUUUAUGUCAGCGGUAGGAGAUCCAAAAAACAGAUUCAUUUUUCAGGAUUUACUUUUAACAGACGCUCCUGCUCGCUCGUAUCGUUCCAAUUAAAUUCAGAUAUAAUGCAGAUAAAUACUUCAGAUCAUUACAAAUGGGGCCCAGUCAAGGUGCAAGUCAAAAGCAUUGGUGCUACUGUAGAUGCCAACAGACUACCAGCAAACACAAUGUUUGCAGGACUUCUACAACUAGGAUAAAGUGACAUAGUCCAGGACCCGAGGGAGGACAGUUUAGCGAUGGCGCUACAACACGCUACAGCAGGUCAGUUUGACAAGAAACACUUCUGUUACAGACACUUGUCUUACUUUGUUAAAGCGGUUUACCUGUCCAGCAGAAAGGUUACAGGGUCACCAAGAUCCCCAAGCGUCCCCCAUGGUUUAUGUUGACCCGGCUUUUUAGCUCUUGUCCGGUCUACCUCCGUUUUAAGCGCCCGUUAUUCCUCCAGAGUCUCCGGUAUUUACUUUGUUUUCUUGCUUGUGUCGGCAGUCGUGGCCAAAGGAGGAUUCAGACAAUUUUCCGAACUUUCUGGUUGGUUUCUACUGUCCGAUAUUGUAGCACGCUAACUUUGUUUGGGCUCCUGAACGACACGGGGGAGCAGCAUUUUCUUGUUGACUGUUUUCUUGCUGACUGUUUUCUUGCUGACUGUUAUCUUGUUGACUGUUUACUUGUUGACUGAUUAUGGUUGACUGUUUUCUUGUUGACUGUUUUUGCUGACUGUUUUCUUGUUGACUGUUUUGGUUUUGACUGUUUUCUUGUUGACUGUUUUGGUGUUGACUGUUUUCUUGUUGACUGUUUUGGUUUUGACUGUUUUCUUGUUGACUGUUUUCUUGUUGACUGUUUUGGUUUUGACUGUUUUCUUGUUGACUGUUUUCUUGCCAACUGUUUUCUUGUUGACUGUUUUGGUUUUGACUGUUUUCUUGUUGACUGUUUUCUUGCUGACUGUUUUCUUGUUGACUGUUUUGGUUUUGACUAUUUUCUUGUUGACUGUUUUCUUGUUGACUGUUUUCUUGUUGACUCUUUUGGUGUUGACUGUUUUCUUGCUGACUGUUUAUGUUUGAGUCUUUUCUUGCUUGUGUCGGCAGUCGUGGCCAAAGGAGGAUUCAGACAAUUUUCCGAACUUUCUGGUUGGUUUCUACUGUCCGAUAUUGUAGCACGCUAACUUUGUUUGGACUCCUGAACGACACGGGGGAGCAGCAUUUUCUUGUUGACUGUUUUCUUGCUGACUGUUUUCUUGCUGACUGUUAUCUUGUUGACUGUUUACUUGUUGACUGAUUAUGGUUGACUGUUUUCUUGUUGACUGUUUUGGUGUUGGCUGUUUAUGGUUGACUGUUUUCUUGUUGACUGUUUACUUGUUGACUGAUUAUGGUUGACUGUUUUCUUGUUGACUGUUUUUGCUGACUGUUUUCUUGUUGACUGUUUUGGUUUUGACUGUUUUCUUGUUGACUGUUUUGGUUUUGACUGUUUUCUUGUUGACUGUUUAUGGUUGACUGUUUUCUUGUUGACUGUUUUCUUGUUGACUGUUUUCUUGCCGACUGUUUUCUUGUUGACUGUUUUGGUUUUGACUGUUUUCUUGUUGACUGUUUUCUUGCUGACUGUUUUCUUGUUGACUGAUUAUGGUUGACUGUUUUCUUGCUGACUGUUUAUGUUUGAGUCUUUUCUUGCUUGUGUCGGCAGUCGUGGCCAAAGGAGGAUUCAGACAAUUUUCCGAACUUUCUGGUUGGUUUCUACUGUCCGAUAUUGUAGCACGCUAACUUUGUUUGGGCUCCUGAACGACACGGGGGAGCAGCGUCUGCCUCACAACCAAUCAGGUUAGAGGAGGUGGAGAACACAGAGAUAUCGUCAUAUUACCAAAUGUCAUCAAUAACUAAUAACUAUUGACUGAUAUUAAAGUUUUUUUGUAAAUACACCACAAAAAAAGAUGCUUCUUUAACGGGAUCCUGCCUUCACCACCUUUAAGAAGAUGUGUAAAAUUUGUUUAAUGGAUGGCAGUCAAAUCCUGAUCCUGUGUGCUGCACACGUUUGCAAAUAUCUAUUUAUAGAGACGAAUAAAUCAUCAUCGUACUAAUGUAGUUUUUUUUUCCUGCACACUAAAACCGGAUCUUGUCUGUAGCUCUGUGACGCUCUGUUCAAACUCGGUGGUGGUGUGUGUUCACAGAGGCGAGGGAAGCGUCUUGCCUGUCUGAGAGGAAGUGGUCACACUCCGAGGCCUCCGCUCGCCCAGAGCAGAAACAUCGUCUUGUGAUGUUUUUUGUUUGUCUAAGCCCAGAGUUCAGUCAGAAAACUCACAUUUUUGUGGCUCCUCUUUGCAUUUUCCUCGUAAACAGUCUCAUUAUGACAUUUUUGCGAACAAGAGCGCAAAAAUAAGACGGUUUGUUUACAGACGUUGGACCAUACGGCAAAAUUUUGACUCAAACACUUAAACAAACUGUCUGUUUUCGGUCUUUUAAAGCAGCUUUUAGGAAUAAAUGUCAGUCAGGAUUCAAAGAAGUGUGAUUUAGGGGUCAUUUUUCUAUUUUCAGAGUUAUUUUGGUUUCUUAAAGUCUUAUAGGUGUAAAAGUGGAUUGAUUGAGCGUGCUCAGACUGAACGGUGUGUCAGGACUUCUGUAUAAUCCUGAAAUGCUCUAGAUUAAAGAACACCUAGAUCCUCCUUACUAAGUCAACCAUUCGAGGUGAUGAUGAACAACUCCUGUGUGUGGAAAUGAAGGAGGAGGAGCGUGUUUCAGCAAACGACAAAAACCUUUAAUAAUAGACGACAUUUGACCAAAAAUAGAAACAUCCUGUUUAAUAGAUGCAGGAGGAAAUUCAGAAACUUUCCCCUUUUUAAAAAUGUCAGAAUUUCCCUUUUAAAUCAGGAUAUUUGACCAACUCUCUGAUGUAAAUCCUAAGUGUGAGAGGAGUUACAAAUCUGUGAGACGUCCUCCUGUGGGCGGCGGUGUGUGAGCUUAAAAAGACAAAGAUUAACAGAGGUCAGUUUCUGUCAGUUUCUGUCAGUUUUCAGGAUCCGUCCCUCCGUUAAAACCCUUUAAAUAGAUCCCUGGACUCCCUGGACUCUGACCUGAUACCUCUCCAACCUCUCGUAAUUGAAAACGAGACGCUCCUAUCAAACAAACAGGAGUACACAGCAUUAUAGGGACUAUUUUCAGCGGUGGAUUAGUACACCUUUAGUGCUUUAGUGAUUAUUUACAGUGGCGGCAGGACGAUGUCUGUGUGAUCGGCUCAGAAUAAACUCCAAACACUGUCUUCAUCAGGACGUAUCCGUGUUUUAAUCGUUUAUAGACAUUUUAUUGUCUGUUUAGGUUUUAGUUUAAUAGAUGAGAGCCGUCGAAGAUCAUAUAAUCACUUAUUUCUGUCUUUUUUAUUUGGUUUGUUGAAGAAAAUAGAAACUUCCAGCCUUUUUAUUCUGAGCGCAGUGUCAGGACUAACGCUCCUGUAAAUACAGGUCACAUGAUCACAUUGUUUACACUGGGCAUGUGCACACCGUACCACCUCUCUCUCUCUCUCUCUGCGUUGGUCCGAGCUGGACCUGAACUCUUAAAGAAACGCAGAAGAAGAAGUUUUUGCUGACAGUAAAUUUUGGCCGACUUGUAAUCCAGUGAAUGAGCUUAUUUUGGAGUGAUGCCUUCACUGACAGUCUGUCAGCAGAGCGUCUGGUCGACCUGAACCUCCGGAUAAUGUAUUCCAGGAACUUGUCUCUGCACAAUUGGGAGCAGCUGGGCGUACAUAUUUCUGUCUUCUUACUUCCUACUAACGGGAUGUAUUUCAGGUUCACUCUGCUGCUGUGGAUGUGAGCCGAUACCACCCAAACACGAGGAGAAGAACGAGGUGUUCCUUCUCUGAUCUGACGUGUUUAGAUGAAAAGUCCAACACUGUAGUUUAAGGAAAUUUCUGUGGAAGGAAAGAUUAAAAAAUGUCAGAAAUGAUGGUUUGAUUGUUUUGGUUUGGUGCUUUAACUUCAUCUUUCUUUCUCAUUUGAUAUUUUUAAGAUUUUCAACAUAAACAACAAAGUACAAAAUGUUUUCGAUCUGCUCCUCGGUCAUCUCUGCUUCAACAGAGGUCACUCCGAGUUCAUGCUUUCACCACUGACACUCAGUUCUUUUGUCGUUUCAUCGCUUUUCUCACCAUACCACCAAACCUCACUGACAUCAGCAGGAACUCGGGCAUAACAUUCGUGUUUCUGCUCCUGCAGCUGCUUUGAAUUCUCGGCGGUUUUGUUGGAGUAACUGCGGUCCGCUCAAAUCCUGCUCAUAUCUCAUCUUUGAAUAAAUACGAAACACAAACUGAACCGUGGAGGAAGAAGCAGCAGAACAACAGCUCUGAGAGUUAGGGAGCGUCUUCUGUGGAUGUCGUCUUGUGGGUUUGCAGAGCGUGACGCAACAGUCGUUUAUGGUCGAUCAAAAUGUCGCACCCUCUCUUCACGGUCGGUUUUCUGCAGAAAUGUUUUCCUGUGGUUGUGAAAAUUUUCAAGAAGCGUUAAAUAGAUCGGUUACAACUCUACACGUAUAAACUCAAGAUCGAUUUAUUGACUUAGUGCGACUGAAACUGGAUACAAGGGUGCAACCAACGACUAUUUCAAUAGUCGACUGAUCGGAAAUUGUUCGUGCUUCACCGACAUGCUGCCAUGAUUCAUAUGAUCUACUUUGCCUUAUCUCGGCUAAAGUGCUCCCAAACUUACGAGGUUUUUAAGUGCUUAAUCGUUGCUGCUGUAUGGGAUGCAGGAUUUUUUUGCGUUGGACGGUAGGGGAAGGUCCCACCCUCCUUCACCUCUGAUUGGCUAGAAGUGCUGGGCUCUGAUUGGUUAUUCCUUUUGGCUGUGAAACGUCAUCGUCUGUCGGGUUAGGGUUAGGAGAAUCAGAAGUGCGAUAAUUUUCUGUUAUGUUCUGUUCGAUGUACAGAGCCGAUAGCCCGCGCUCGGCUUGAGCGUGUGAUGAUGUUACACAGCCAAUCAGAGGCGAAGAAGGAGGGACCUUCCCCUACCACUUGGCAAAGACGCUAUUGUGCAUGUGUGACUCUAGGCAGAGAUCAUAAUGAAGUAAGACGCCGCACUCCACUGGAAAGAAAAACACGUCUGAGGAAAAAGGUUGCAGCCUGAAAUCACACAAACUCGAACUCCUCGUAGUCGGUCUGUAGGACACAGAGUUGUGAACAAAAUCUCAACGAUCAAAAUAAAAGAAAACUCUUGAACAAAACUAAAGUACAGAGCUGUAAGAAGUGAGGGUGUUCGUGUUUCCUGUUCGCCUCACGUGAUCGUGGUAAAAUGUUCCUGGAGACGAGAGUUCAGGAAAAGAAAAGUUUCUGUCGUCUCUUCUAAAGCAUCUCGUUGUUGUUUCUUUCUGCACCUUUCCUCUCUGCAGCCCUGCGGUCGACCUUUGCUGUUUUUUUUUUAAAUGUGCGAUAUAAAUAAAGAUGACUCGGCCUGUGAAUGUUUCAGACGGCGGGCAGAGCGACUGAAGCUGGUCAGUCAGCGGUAAAAACAAGAACUUUGUGUUUACAUACCUGUUGGGCCUGUUCGCUGUCUGCCUGCUGAAACACGUCACUGGAGGGAACCCAAAAACCUCUUUUGUUGAUUCAGUUCCCACAUUUUUCUCUGUCAUGAUCUGCUAAAUAUAGAUCUAUAUGUGACUCUGAAUGUAGCAGUAACUCCAUCCUGACAGUCUGUUUAUGAAGUGUUGAUAUCCAGACGGAAAGUCUCUCAUGUUCAGGAGAAAAAAAUCUAAUCUUUUGUCCAUGUGUGAUUUCUCUCCCUCUGUUUCCAGGGGAUGACUUUUCCAUCAUCCAGCAGGAAAUCUUCAUGGUGAAGGAAUGCAUGCACCACAAUAUCGUGGCCUACUUUGGGAGCUACCUCUGGUAAGAGUCCGCGCUCUGACUUUUCUUCUCCCUCCUCCUCCUCUGUUUGGUUCACUCCUGUCAACAUAAAACACGCUCACAUGUCGUUUGAGUCACACCUGUGUGUGAAAGGAUGACUCACGCUCUGUAACCGGGCUGACUGGUGCUGACUCGGCCCUUCAGCACCGCCAGGAUGCAGCUCUCGUGUUUUAACGCAGCCUGUGUUUAGUGGCUGGUAUCUGGGAGGAAGUAGGGCUGGUCCGCCCACCGCCGCCUGAGACUUCCAGCAGGUUUAACUGGAAUAUGAGCCUCUGAUGUGUUUUAUACGGCGGUUGGUCCACAAAGAUGCGUGUCUUAUCUCAGCGGGAACGUCUCGUACCGUCUCGCCACCGCAGAGCACAAAAGCCGAGUGAUGACUGCAACCCGUAAUUAUCAUGAAACCGGAUUAAUUGGACCGGGGCAACAAUUUCUUUUCUGUUUCAUCAUCUCAGAGUCCGCAUGAGGGGAUCUGAACUGUAGACCAGGUGGGAUUAGGAACCUGGAAAAGUGUGUCCUCUAAACCGUAAACAGAAACUGGAUUAUACCUGAUGUUCAGGAGACAAUCCUAUUCAAAAAUAAGUCCUUAAUCAAUAAUAAUCAUAAAAAUAAAAACAAAUGUUAUCAAUAGUGGCCUUUACAUCCAAAGAUCUCAAAGGACUACAUGUUAAAAACAAAGAAACAUCACAAUAAAGGGACAUAAAAACAGGAUCUGGGUUCAAAGACAGCAAACCUGAUUCAUGAUAACUUCCUCUACGAAAAGCCACAAAUAAAGAGCUGUGCAAGUCUUUAAGUAACCGUCUUGGACAUAAUUUCAAAAUAAAAGCAUCAUGUGUAAACAAAAGGGAGACUCUUCUUAGACAGAAAAUGAUCUGAUAGUUUUUCCUCCAGACUGUUUUUAUCAUGUAUGUGAGACAAACACAGCUGAUGAGGGCCGAAUUAAAACGAACAUUACAAGGUUACAACAUUACAAUAAUUUUGCCAACAAAGUCUUCAUUUUCGGUUGAUUUCUUUUGUUUGUUGCUCAUUUUGCGAUCAUUGUUGUUAUUACCGGUGUUGUGCUGAGAAACACAUGCCCACCGAGGAUUGCAUCCACCUCGCAGAAUCACGCACCGCUUACAGUAGAGUGAUCCAUGUAAAUGUACGAUUUAAAACCCGAACAGUUCUUAUUUGUUGGGCUAAACAGCGAUGAGGAAUGUUAAGAAAGUAAUUAUCAGCGGAUACACGUUUCUCGGCUCAACACCGGCAGCGCCAGCGACUCACUCAUUUGCCUCCAACAUCACAGGCUCUGCAAUGGGACUCUCACGCACACGUACAUCGUCAUGACGAUGUUUAAACGAUAUAUCGUGCAGCCCUAGGCCCGGUAUAGUUCUCAUCCAUGCAUCGGUUGGAUCUUUGUAUGAAAACUUGUUGAGCCUCUUGAGUUCGACCACAUUUUAAACAAUCUGCGUCUGUCAGUCUUUACUAUAACAGCUGAUAACCAGGAGUACGAACCUUCUUUGACAUCCUGAUCCUUCUAACUCCAUAUCUCUCUGUCUGUCUGUCCCCCUUCAGUCGGGAGAAGUUGUGGAUCUGUAUGGAGUACUGUGGAGGAGGAUCUCUGCAGGACAUCUACCACGGUGAGUUCAGGUUCAGGGGCGCCGGUUUGGUCUGGUCUGGUGGUUAAACUGGUGUCAUCAUUGCACCUGCGGAUGGUUUGAUUAUCGAAUAUGACCUUUUCUGCACGUCACCUCCCCGCUCUCUCUCCUCACCACAUUUCCUGUGUCUUCUCUAUUUCAGUUUAGAGGUUUUAAUAACAUGAGAAACACGAGAAUCAAGUAAAAAUUAACAGCUAAAACCAGCAGGGGUCUUUUUCUUCACAUUUGAAGAAAGUCGUCUUUAAUGAAUCUGUUUUGUCUUUUCAGUGACGGGUCCUCUCUCAGAGCUUCAGAUUGCCUAUGUGAGCAGAGAGACCUUACAGGUAAAUGCUUCAUCGAGUUCUUUUUCUGCACGAUUCUCCAGAAUUUCAUCUUCAUGUCGUGACAGAGCGCGUGAUUUCUCUUCUCGCAGGGUUUGGGAUAUCUGCACAUUAAGGGCAAGAUGCACCGCGACAUCAAGGUAUCGUAUCUCUGAGGGUUUCUUUGUUUCUUCUGGCCUCUUUGGUAUCCAGGUCAGACUCGUUCUGAUGUGCCGCACACACACAGACACACACAGACACUUGGCCUCAUUUGAGUAGAGAGAGAGACAAAGGGAUGAAAUCUCAAACGUGACAGAAAGAAGGUCAAGAAAAAGAGAAGAAGUGUCGUGUUAGAUCGGUGAUUAUAGUCCAAAGGUCAGAGUCGUCUGCAAACUAACCUGACAGGAAGAGAAGAAGAGCAGAGACGUUCACACUGGAAACACGUGACCAGAGGUGUGACUUACAGCGGGUUUGAGGUCGAGCGUUUGUUCGCCACGCCUGCUUCGAGCAGCGUCAGCCUCGUGUGUUAUCGCAGAGGCUCAGGGCUGGACCUAUUAUCUUUACUCCACUCCACGCAGCGAGCACUUCCUGUUUCCUCCACUCUCACCGCAGGAUGCCACCGGAGAGAGUGUCAGUCACGGCCAACAGAAACACUGAGAACCGUCAGAAAAAGAUGUCACCCCGGUGAACCUUUACUGGCACUCAGACUAGGACCAGGUCCAAAUACACCAGAUGUUUAAAGUCUAACACACGAGAUCACCCCUGAGCUUCUGACCUCUGUUUCAUGAAACUAAACUGCGUGAUAAAUCUUUUCCCUUUCAAAAUAAAACGCUGAUUUUUCUUCCACAGGGUGCCAACAUCCUUCUUACAGACAACGGAGACGUGAAGUUAGGUAAGUUCCUCCUCAGCGUCUGAACGCUCAUCUGUAACUUUCAGUCGUUAUCUUAAAAUCCCUGUCAACCCUCUUUACAGCCGACUUUGGAGUGGCGGCCAAAAUCACAGCCACCAUCGCCAAGAGGAAGUCUUUUAUCGGAACACCUUACUGGUGAGUGAACCAAACAGGUUUUUGUUUAGAGGAAGUGAAAUGAUUUUAUUCUUUAUGUUGUCUGAAGCGUGCAUGAGAGGGAGAAUCGAACCGAACAAGUGAAAAAUAAAAACGCCACUGACUCCUCAGCAGGUCAGCUGAUGGCCAGAGACAUUUUUAAACUCCAUUAUUCUCCACAUCAUCACAGACAAUAUCAAACACUCUCCAGUUAUUGUUUUAGAUCCAAUCUGUCAUGUAGGAAAAAUAAAACUUUAUUAAAAGGACUUAAAGCUCCAGUGAGCAAGUCUAUGUUUAUCUUGAUUUUGGUGCCCCCCUGUGGACAAAACAGACUAUGAUUAUCUUAUCUUAUGCUUUAAUGCAUCUCAACUCAACACAACUCAAAUUUAUUUAUAGAGCACUUUAAAUACUAACAAAGCUGACAUAAAGUGCUGUACAUAACAUAAAACAACAAUAAAUAGUUGUUUUAAAAUAUAAUAAAAAAGUAACAAAACAAAUGAUAAAUAUAACAUCUAGAAAUCUAUAAAUAUGUAAAAAAUAAUGUUUUAAAAAUCUAUAAAUAAUAUGUAUAUAAUAAUAAAUAUAAAAUCCAUAAAUAAUAUAUUUUAAAUAAUGCGUAUAAAAAUUUUCACUGAUGGUAAAAAAAAAAAAAAAAAAACAUCAAAAUGAUUUUUUUCAGUCUGUUUUAUAAACAUUGUAAAAUUCCUUACUGGAGCUUUAACUCUGCUGACCAGACUGCCUGCAGUGUCUGCAGACUUCAUCACUCUUUAUCUAAUUUAUUUAUUUGUUCAAUCAGACAGAUUUAUUGGUUUAUCUCUAGUUUUUAUGUUUUUGAUGUCCAGUCUCAUGGUUUCAGUCCUUCAGUUCUGUAACUGUAACUGAACAGUGAUACCCACACACCGACACCUUCUCUGUCAGAGUUUCAGUGUGACCAAAUUUAAUCUGACAGAAUCUGAGAAAAACUUCCUGUGAAAACGUAAAUUUCAGCUCCUCAGUAUCUGGUCGUGUUUCAGACUGCUUCAGGAUUUUGAAGGUCUCAGAUAUUUUAGUCAUGUGACUCUGAACACAAUCUCCGUUUGGCCUCACCUUAAGCAAAGACAACAGGUGCAUGAAUAACUUCACUGCAAACAGAAUCCAACUUUACAUCUAAGUUAGUGAUCAAACAACGUCCUGAAGUUAUUUCUCAGUAUCGUCAUUUUUUCUUAGUUUUUCCUCCCUGACCUCCUUCCUCCUGUGUUUCUGCAGGAUGGCUCCAGAAGUGGCGGCAGUGGAGAAAAACGGCGGCUACAACCAGCUGUGUGACAUCUGGGCGGUCGGCAUCACCUCCAUCGAGCUGGCCGAGCUGCAGCCUCCGAUGUUCGACCUUCACCCCAUGAGGUUAGUCAAACCGUCUAAAUAUAAAGAGCCUCUGUGCGUCUGUCUCUGCGGUUCCUUCAACAGUCACUUUAUUUUUAUUUAUUUCGGUCACAGCGGCCUGACUUACAAACCGUCUUUCUGUUUCAUCUCAGAGCUUUGUUCUUGAUGUCGAAGAGCAGCUUCCAGCCUCCGAAGCUAAAAGACAAAAACAAAUGGUGAGUCCUCUGAAACAUUCAGUCUGCUGUACGACUUUGAGACGCUCGGCGUGAUACGACAAUCCUUCUUCUUCUUCUUCUUCUCCAUCAGGUCCACCGCCUUCCACAACUUUGUCAAAGUGUCUCUGACCAAGAACCCGAAGAAGAGACCGACUGCAGAGAAGCUCCUAUCGGUAAUUCAUCUUUCUGUUUACAUAAAUGUUGGAAAGUUAGAGUAAAAGAUAAUCAGAUAAUCAGGACAGCUGCAGCUUUAGGACUUUUCAGGUUGAGAUUUUUCCCAUCAUGCCUCAGCUUCUGUGUUAGCUCAGUUAGCAUCACCACCUUUCUCAUGAGGCGUUUCCUCCUCGUUUAUGUUGAUGUUUGGUGAAAUUUUCUUCAUUUUUCGGAUGUUUCCAUGUCAACUCUGAGCUCCAGACUCAGACCUGAAGAGUAGUUUGUCUCGGCCCUCGCCGUCUGGUCUUUAUCUGCUGUUUAAAAUACAGUCACAGGUUGUUUAUUAAAGAUCAGGGCUGCAGAAAACCACAGAGAACUGUUUUAAAACCGAGCAGACGUCUCUGAAAAGACCAUCAUCAUCACGAACGCCGUCUCACAGGACGUGUGUGAUUAAUGAGGAGUGUUUAAUUACUCUGAAACUGUUUAAUGAAGAGACUCUGAGACCUUGAGUUGAAGAUUAGGAUGUCAGAUAUCUGCUCAUAAUGUCUCAUUUCUCGCAGCACGUGUUCGUGGCCCAGACGGGUUUGACACGGCGGCUCGCCGUCGACCUCCUCGAUAAGAUGAACAAUCCAGAUAACCACCAGCAUUACAGCGAAGUGGACGACGAUGACCUAGAGGUAACGUUACAGCAGAUUCAGAUAACUCAAGGCUGUGGUCGAUUCAUCAUGACUCGCUUUUCUCUCGUAUGAGAAGUUUCCUGUUUUGUGAAAAACUUUUGUGCUCAUGAGAGAAACAAAGACGAGGUUUAAGCUUCGUAGAAACGUCACUGCCUCUCCUUCCUGAGGCUCACACACACACACACACACACACACACACACACACACACACACACACACACAGCAGCUGUUUUUUCUCCCCUUAAUGACGUCAGAGGACUCAGGUGGAGGGCUGCAGCUGACUUCGACUCGCAGUAACCACAGGCCGUGCAAAUCUAACCCUGAAUGCACUCUGAGGCUUUUUUAUUUUUUCUAAUUUUAAAGCUUCAGCUCAUGAGCCGAUUCUGUCAGGACGUUUUGAACUCUCGCAGCUCUGCAGUCUUUGUUUCUUCACCUCAGAGGUCCUCUCUUCUAUCUCAGAGAGGAUCCUGUCGUUGAAGAAAGAAGUUUAAAAUCUUCACAACCUUAAAAAGAAGAGAUCACCAAGACUGUUUUUUUUUAAAUUCAUCCCUAGAAAACAACAACAAAAAAAUGCUCCUCUUGAUGCAGGAAGUUAACUUAAAAAACCAGCAACACAAGAUAUCUUCAAAUGUGAAAUACCCCUUGAGAAUCAGACUGUGUUUUUUGGACACAUAUCUCAGGAAUGGCCGAGAAGAGAUAAACAUUUAUUAAGUAUCUGCUGAUGGCCUGUAAAAAGAGUAUUACCAGGAAAUGGCAAUCAGAGGAGAGCUAAAACUUCAAUAUAUGGAUAGACAUAUAUAAAAUGGAGAGGAUAACAGCAAUUGUUAAUCACAAAUUAGAGAAAUUCACAUCAUUCUGGGAAAAUUAAGUCAAAUGUGUCACGCUUAAUAGGCCAGAUUUUAUUUUCACAAAGCAGUGGUCAUGAUGUUUGAGAGAGAUCACUCCCAACGAUACAUAGUUUUUUAUUUAAUUUAGUUGUUGUUCUGGUUGUUUGUUUUUUUCUCAUUACUUGGAUAUUAACUAAAAUUUGAUUUUGGCAUGCAGCAUGCUUAAAGGCACAGCAAAAUACAAUUAAUACAAGAUUGAAAUUGCUUCAAUAUAAAUGGCUAAUGCGAACUUCUAUCACCGCAGUAAAACUAACUAAAAUCUGUCCUAAUAUUCCAGAUAUCUGUUGUGUAGAGGAAAAAGGAACAUUGUUCCGUUGUGUUUGGGAAUGCUCAAAAGUACAAUCAUUUUGGCAGAAUGUGAUGCGGGCCAUCUCCCAGCCAAACUCUGUAUCCUGGUAUAUAUCCCUGAAAAUUUAGUUGUCAACUCUAAAUUAUCAGUAUUGAUCGAUUUUGGGCUUCUACAAGCUUGAGGACUGAUCGCUCUUUUCCGGAAAAAUAUACAGUUGCCCUCUGUAAAGUUAUCGUUGAAGGAGAUUGCAUUUGAAAGACUUACACAUAUUGUCAGAGGGGAAAAAAACAGUUUGAAACCUUUUUUGGAAUUUUUGGAGGAUGAGAAUGUUGUUAUAACUUGAGGGGCUCUAUUUUCGUGUCCGCCGGCAACUUAAAAAAAAAAGAAAAUGGAAAAAAACAGCAAAUCAUAAAGAAAAGUCUGUGAAAUUUGUGAAGACUAGUGAAGUAAAGUCAAAAGUAACAAAGUUAAAUCUGGAUGUCAAAGUUGUUUCGGGUGUUUGAGAGUCAGAUUUAGAGGAAAGUUUCGUCUCAAACUUCCUCCGACAUUAUUCUUCCCUCUGGAGUCAACAUCACUUUAGGUGGCAGCCAAAGAGGUGGUACCACAGUCCGUUUUAAAAGACCAUUGUGUUUCUCUCUCCCCCCUGACAGCAGCAGCUCUGUCUUGGCCUCCAUGAAUGAAAAAAAAGAAAAAAGGCCCUGAAGGCUAUUGACUGGAGCAAUAGAGCUGCUAACAAACAAACAGCCUCUGGGAUGAAUAAUAAUGUGAAGACGGAGCAGGAAACGUCGUCUCAGUUCUGCUUGAAUUCGAUGAUGUGGAUUAAACAUGUUGAUAACUCUUCACCCUCACGUCUCUCUCUCUGUGUUUCAGCCCCUCUCUGCCGUCAGACACACCAUCCGCUCCACCAACAAACACGCCCGAGCCGAGAGGACGCGCUCAGAGAUCGACUGUAAGUGAACAGAAAGUCCCAAACGCACCCCCCCCCCCCCCCUCCUGCUGGGACCCUGUCCUCUCAUUGGUCAGCGUGUCAGCCGGCCUGCCUGUUCAGCUCGAUAGUCUGAGGGUCAUCCCCGUAAUCCUGCUGGCAGUUUUCCAGACCACAGCGUGUGGUGGAGCGUGUCCGAAAAUAGAUCCACUGACGAGAAAGUGGACUCAGCGUAGAAACGUGUCUACUAGAUUCAGUUUAAUCCACGUUUACAGACUCUUAAAGAGCGUCUGGAUCAUGUUGUAACACAGCAGAGGAGGUGUCGGUGUGAGUGUGUUAGAUAUAAAAACUUAACUGCAGCGUCACGACUCUGAUUUCAUCACUUUGGGUCGAUGUAGUAACACGGCGGCGAUGAGGAAACUCCUCUUCAUCCUGUGUCACGGUCUCUCUCUGCUCCACAUGUCUCCUGUCUGUUUCUUUAUUUCUCACUUUCCAAUCUGACUCUCCUCCUCCUCCUCCUCCUCCUCCUGCAUGAAGCACACAAUGGGACUACUGACCACAGGAGGCCAUGCUCAAGUCCUAGCUUCUCUGAGGGACACAGGGGGGACGCAGGUCAGUUCAGCGAUGUCUGUGUGAAACCCCGGCUCACCCCUAAGACCCCCUUAGACUCAGGUUAACACGGUAGCACAUAACAGAUCCUGGACCAGCUGAAGUAAAACCACUAAUCCGUUUGAGUUUGUGUGUCUGCUGAACUUCCUCCUCCUCCUGUGUGUGUUUGUGUUUGUGUUAGUGGUGUGAUAGAGGAGUGUCUGUUCCUCCUGCAGACCUCGAGGAGUCUGAUUUGUUUGCAUUUUUCUCCCCUCUCUUCAUAUUCCUGUGUGGAGCGGGCAGACCUGCUCAGUUUCAGGUGUAAUCUGUGUUUGUCCGGGGUGACCGGCUCCCCCACAGAGGAGGAGGAGGAGGAGGAGGAGGUGUUCAUCGAUCUCCUGCCAGUGUCCGAACACUCCCACGGCUUUGUUUGGCUUCCAGUGUUGAGCUCUGACGCCCUCUAGUGUCUGAAAACGAAUCAAACCUUUUCCUUUUUUUCUCUGUUUUCCAGUCGACAAGCUGCAGUUUGAACCUCCGCUCAGGAAGGAAACCGAGGCUCACUCUGAAAUGGUGAUUUUUUAAUAAUUCUGUGGAUGUAAAAGAAAGAGUAAAAAUAAAAACAGUUCCUAAAAGUUUAUUUUUGUGCUCUGGUCUGUUUCCACAGGAUGUGAGUAAAGAUAAUGACUUCCCCUCUCCCUGGAGUCCGUUCGCAGAGGGAGGAAUAACAGCCAGGUAACCCACGGAUAUACUGUCGUCACAGAAAUAUCACCUGUUCACUCUCUCUCUUAACUUUGUUUAUUUAUUAGGUUCAUGUACUUAGAAAAUAAAUUAAAUGUCAUUAAACUUGAUGCUGUGGGACAGAAAGGUUGAGAAGAUCUUUUAACAAUCCUUCCAGAGACAGUAGAUGACUUUAUAAGACAUGACAAGUGAGACUAAAGACAUUAAAUUUCUUUUCAGAGAUAAAAUAAAGUUUUUCUUAUUCUUAUUGAGGUGAUUUCAGCGCCAACCGUCCAGAUCCAGCUCUGUUCUAGAUCUGAUGCUGUUUCUGUCUGUGUUUUUAUGCGAAUGUUUUAAAGACUGUUUUGUUUACGUCUCUGAGAUCUGAAAGCAGUAAAACCCUCAGAUUUAUACUCAUAACAGCAGGGUUACUACGCAAGUAUGGAAGUAAUUUGAUCAAUUUCCAGGUCUUAAAAAGUUUUGAAAAUGAAAAAUAAAGUAUGAAGAAAUAUUAAAGUUUCCAGACUAUUACCACAGUACAAAAAAUACUGUUUUCUAAAAUAGAAAAGUCAGUAUUUCCAAAAAUAAUUCUCAAAAGUCGGGCUUGGAAAUGUAUGGAAGUAAUUUGAUUAAUUUCCAGAUCUUACAAAGUUUGGAAAAUUGAAAAUAAAGUAUGAAGAAAUUUUUAAGUUUCCAGAUUAUCACCACAGUACAAAAAAAAAAAUCAGUUUUCUAAAACUGUGUAGAAACCCUGUUAUAGAAAAUCUACCAUAGAUGCUGCUCACUGUCUCUCACACUGAUCUAACUCGUGUCUGUGCAUGAACUCGCUCUCCUCACCUGCAGCUUGAACUGUUGUUGACCUUUAACCUCCUCUUGUCUAUGUUGUUGCUGACCGAACCCUCUCUCUCUCUCUCUCUCUCUCUCUCCUGUCACUCACUCGCCCUCUCUCUCUCUCUCUCUCCGUCCCGUCUCGCCUCCCUCUAAGGAGUCUGCUCAAAAGCGUUGAGGACGAGUUGUUCCAACGGUAACACUAACCCACCUGUGCUCUCGCUCCCCUCUCCGUCCAUACAUCCAUCCCUCGCUCGGCCCCCCUCGCCCUCACCGUAGUGAACCUUAGAGUGUCCACCUCUCACCCUCCUCUGCACCUUUUCAUCCAACACCUGUGGCGUGAUGUUCGCUGUAGAUCCAAACUGUGUAGAUGGAGACUGAGACAGGGAGCAGAAAGUUCUGGACUUAGAGAAGUGGAGUCAGAGCUGACGCGAACUCGACAAACAGAUCUUCUUCUUCUCUUGUUGUUUCCAUCCCGUGAUAAACCCUCUCCUCUCCUCUGAGGGAAACUCUCAUACAAACAUUCCCGUCAUCAUCAGCAGCUCCUCCUCCUGACCUCCUCCUGACCUCCCAUGAGUCUUUGCUUCUGCUCUGAUUUCUGUCUUUGCUCCCUGCAGGGGUCACAUCGCACAUCUUGAAGACGCCUUCGAAGAAGUGGAGCUGUGAGUGACGUUAUCAAACUAACAUCAUCAUCAUCAGCUGUUGAGUUUCAGAUCUGUCUGACGCACAAACGUCUUUGUUUUCAGGUCGACUCUGAAGCCCGGCGUGCCCCCUCCUCUGCCUCCUAAAGUGAGACCCUCAAACUUUUUCACUUUUUAACUUUCUAACCGAGUAGAUUUUCCUGAAUCCGACUCUUCUCUCCGUCAGCCUCGACUGAACAGCUCUUCAGAGGAGAUCGGCCUGAACGACGAGAGGUGCCUGACGGUCCGGAGGUUCCCCAACGCCGAGAACGGGCCGAGUCAGGCGGCUCGCAGACAGAGCACGCCAGAGUCCGGCAACAAGGUGGAGCAUUCCUCGCCGGACUUCCUCUCCGCCAGCGUCAGCAGCCCCGGCCUUUUGUCUCACGCCUCCGACCCCGGUGAGUUCAAGCGUUUUCUUUAUCAAUGAAUCAUCUUUUUUUGAUCAAUGCUGUGAGUUUUAAAAAAUAUUCUGAUCGUUUAGUGUGAACAAGAACUUACUUGUGAAAUCAAAGCUGAGAAAAACUGACGAAAUCAAGUCUCUUAAAAAACAAGGAUAGGUUGUCUCCUCUCCCUCAUGUCCUCUCUUUUCCAAAAAAGUCAGAAACCUCUAAAACAAACCUCUAGUUUUUAUCUUAAUCUUCCCCACGCUCCUGUUUCAAUCAUGUCUGUAUUCUUGGAUCAAUCGGUUAAUCUCUCAAUAAUCACUUUAACUCUAUUUUCACAAGCUCUCAGUAAACCGAACAGUAAAGGUAAGAGAGUUUGACGUGAACAUGUCUGUUCUGAGGUUAAAGCUCCUCUGUUAACGUUUCCCUCCCCCCUCUCUCUCUCGCUCUCUCUCUCUCUCUCUCAUGACAGAGAACGAUUCGGACGGCAGCCUGAACGGAGGGAGUCCCAAACCGCCGCCCAACAGACCGCACCACCGGAAGGAGAAGAAGGAAUUCCCUGUGAGUCUCGUGACGGCUCUCAUCUGUUUCAGAUUUAGGGUUCGGCUGUAAUCUGAGGAGUGAGAGCUGGAUUUACUUUGUGGAGGGUCUCGGUAAAAACCUCAAAUAUGAGAGUCAGAGGGGGGUAAUCCAGCGUCUCUCUCUCUCUCGAUGUUGUUGUUUGUGUCCUCAUCAUGAUCAGAUGUUCUCCUCUCUCUAUAGAAACCAGCGAUCAAUGGUCUUCCUCCCACUCCUAAAGUUCUGGUGAGUGGAUCCUCCUCAUUGUUCCUGCUACAUUCUGGAGAUGUUUGGGGUCCUCCGAGCUUUCUGCUCUGCGGUUUCUUCUUCAUGUCUCACUCAGCCCGACGUCUUCCUGCUUCUUCUCCUCGUUUCAGAUGGGAGCCUGUUUCUCCAAAGUGUUUGACGGCUGUCCGCUGAAGAUCAACUGCGCCACGUCCUGGAUUCACCCGGACACCAAAGGUACGGGUCGACGCGACGAGAGCGAUGAACAAGAAUAACUCAGACGGUUUGUUAAAGACGCGUUUGUUUUCCUCUCUUAGAUCAGUACCUCAUCUUUGGGACGGAGGACGGCAUCUAUACUCUGAAUCUGAACGAGCUGCAUGAAGCCACCAUGGAGCAGGUAACCAUCGACCCCGACACACAGGAAGACCCUUUUAUACGAGGGUUAGGGGGGCUGAAGUAAACCUGAGUGUUGUCCUAGUAACCAAACAUCUACCCUGAAACUGAGACUCACCAGAAGUGAGAGUUAAAGCGACACAGAAAUACACUCAAACCCCGACUGUGAAAUCACGGCGGGUUCUCCUGAGGUGAAGGUUUUCCCCCUCCUCUUCCUGAUCACCAGUUUAACUCUGACUGACACGUCUUUGUCUAAUCCUCCUCUCCAGCUGUUUCCCAGGAAGUGCACAUGGCUCUACGUUAUCAACAACAACCUGAUGUCUUUAUCAGGUAAGUGACGGAUUUACCGCCGCCUCCUCCUUCCCCUGCCGACUGUCAUCAGCUGCUGCUUCUUUGUCCUCCUGUGUUAUCUGGCAGACCCUGAAAUAACCGUGUCUUUUGUUUGUCAUCAGAGCGUCUCUGAGUGACACGUCCGAGGAGUAAAAAUAAAGACACUUGUGUUUUUUUGUACAAACCUCGUCUGUGUGGCUGAAACCUUUUUAGUCUCAGUUUAACAGCUGAGGAUGAGAUUAUAAACUCUCAGUUUUACUCCCCUCGGUAUACUCAACCUCUCUUCUUCUCUUUCUCUUCUUCCCUUGGACACUGUCCAUCCUCCUCCUCCUCUCGCCUGGCUUGAUUUGAUCUUCUACUAACCGGCUUCAUCAGAAGGUAAUCAUGCUUCACACCAUCAUCAUCAUCAUCAUCGUCACACUUCUGUUUGUACUCCUGUUCACGUCUAACCUUUCUACGUGUUAAAGCUGCUUCGUUCACGAGAAAGUCGUAUAAGAUCGCUGUUCUGAUAUUCAUAACGUGAGGAGAUGAUUUUAUUUUUCUACAUCAUGAUUUAGAGACUCAAACAUUAAAUUUCUCAAAUAGUUUUAAAAUAAAAUCCUGCAGGACAAGUUCAGCUAAAUCAAGUAUGUCCAGUAAACGUUCACAAAUCUUCUCAGAGUGAAUUCGUUCAUCUCCUUGUGUUUGUCUCGUUGUGGAGAAGUGAAAUUAAAAACUGCCGUUACUAGAAGAGAAGAACUUUUUAUUUAAACAACGUCCUCAACAAACUUUAGGGGCCUCAAUUUGAGCUGUCAUGUGACCAGCGGAGGUGAAGAGGCAGAGCUCAUCCACCUCAGAGGUAGCUGUUAGCAUGUUAGAGCUACACAUUUGCAUAAACAGUUCAAACCUUUUUCUCCUGGAGAGCUCGCCGAGAACAGACUUCAUCUCUCAAAGAGGUGCAGCUGCAAAAUCUUGUCCUAUCUGCACCUGUUGAUUGUAUGAGCACACACUCCUUAUAUGGGCGUACUUUGAUUCCUUAAAUGGGUGUAUUUGACUCCUUAUAUGGGCGUACUUUGACUCCUAAUAUGGGUGUACUUUGACUCCUUAUAUGGGCGUACUUUGACUCCUUAUAUGGGCGUACUUUGACUCCUUAUAUGGGCGUACUUUGACUCCUUAUAUGGGUGUACUUUGACUCCUUAUAUGGGCGUACUUUGACUCCUUAUAUGGGUGUACUUUGACUCCUCAUAUGGGCGUACUUUGACUCCUUAUAUGGGCGUACUUUGACUCCUUAUAUGGGCGUACUUUGAUUCCUUAAAUGGGUGUAUUUGACUCCUUAUAUGGGCGUACUUUGACUCCUAAUAUGGGUGUACUUUGACUCCUUAUAUGGGCGUACUUUGACUCCUUAUAUGGGCGUACUUUGACUCCUUAUAUGGGCGUACUUUGACUCCUUAUAUGGGUGUACUUUGACUCCUUAUAUGGGCGUACUUUGACUCCUUUUAUGGGUGUACUUUGACUCCUUAUAUGGGCGUACUUUGACUCCUUAUAUGGGCAUAUUUGACUCCCAACUUUGACUCCUUAUAUGGGCAUUUUUUUGACUUCUUAUAUGGGCGUACUUUGAGUCCUUAUGUCGUCGGAUUUUGACACCAUAUAUAGUUGUACUUUGUUUCCUUAUAUUGGCAUACUUUGACUCCUUAUAUGGUCAUGCAUUGACUCUUUAUGGUGUAUUUGACUCCUUACAUGGUUGUACUUUGAUUAAAUUUUCUUUUAUCCUUCUUGAGGAAAUCCAAACCUUUAUUAUCUUUUAGUCUUUCAGAAAUAUGUAAAGGUCUUUCCUGAGUUUGAAGUUCUGGUAUCAGGUUCCUGAAGUGGUUCUGGAGGUACCAGCUCUUCGGUCUCACUCUUGUCCUGUUACCGUCCUCUGUAGGGAAAACCUUCCAGCUCUACUCCCAUAAUCUGAUCGGGUUAUUCGAGCAGCUGAAGAAGCCCGGACUGGCCGCUCAGUUCCAGACUCACCGCUUCCCCGACAAGAUCUUACCCAGGUGAGACCGCAGACCCGUCAGGUUUGAUUCCAGACUCCCCCGAUGUAGACGUCAUCAGCUGUUUUUAGACCGUGGUCAUGACAUCACAACUGUUUCCUCUCCUCAGGAGGUUCGCCUUGACGACGAAGAUCCCCGACACGAAGGGUUGUCACAAGUGCUGCAUCGGUGAGUGACUGUUUUUUGUUUUCCGCCUGUUUUGGUUCAAGUCCUCGUCCCUCAGUGACGGCCUCACGGUUCUGUUCACAGUGAGGAACCCGUAUACGGGACACAAGUACCUGUGUGGGGCGCUGCAGUCCGGGAUCGUCCUGUUACAGUGGUAUGAACCCAUGCAGAGGUUCAUGCUCAUCAAGGUCAGUCCGGGUUCUUCUUCAGAGGUGGAGGACCGUCACAGGCGUGCAGAUCCACUUCCUGUGACCCUGACCCCUCUUCUUCUUCUUCUCUCCUCCCUCUGCAGCACUUUGACUUCCCCCUCCCCAGCCCGCUGAAGGUGUUCGAGAUGCUGGUGGUCCCGGAGCAGGAGUACCCUCUCGUGUGCGUCGCCAUCAGCCAGGGCACGGAGCCGGGUCAGGUGGUCCGCUUCGAGACCAUCAACCUGAACUCCUGCUCGUCCUGGUUCACAGAGAUGGGAACGAGUAAGUCCAACAUCUAAGAUCUAAGAAGUUUAGGGGGUCAGGUGGAGGAGGCGGUUUGUGACGGUUUGUCUCCUCCUCACAGGUAACCAGCAGGUGGACGCCAUCCAUGUGACCCAGCUGGAGAGAGACACGGUGUUGGUGUGUUUGGACCGUAAGUUUAAUUUCUGUUUCCCGACUGUUUUUUUCUUCAAACUCAAAAUAAAAUCUUCUUCGUUCUCCGACAGUAUUUUUGUUUUUUCAUCCUCCACAGAAAACUUGAAGAUCGUGAAUCUUCAGGGUCGACUCAAGUCCAACAAGAAACUGGCGUCUGAGCUCAGCUUCGACUUCGGCAUCGGAUCUGUUGGUGAGUUUUGAAAAUUUAAUAUAAAACCAACACGACAAAGUUUGAGAGUGAAGAGAAGAAGCUGAUCUUUAUAGAAGCUGAACGUUGUCGUCCUCUCUGACAGUGUGCCUUCAGGACAGCGUUCUGGCCUUCUGGAAACACGGCAUGCAGGGAAAGAGCUUCAAGUCCAACGAGGUAAAAACUUCUGAUUCACUCUUGGAGCGUUUGGUCUUAUUGAAGAGUUUUAUUUAAUCCCACUCUUUCUUAAUCUAAAUCCACAUUAGUCCAGGAUUAUCGUCCGUCAUUCGUCUCUUUAGUUUUUCUCUGGAUCCUCCUCAGGUUUGAAUAGAAGCUUGUUUGACGAACACGUGAACCGUCGCCUCGGGCUCGGGUCAACAAAGACCCCGAGUGCGGCGUGUUUGUUUGUCUGUCGGCGAUCCCUGCGGAUUAGACCUCAGGUGGAGCCGGACAAAGUGUCUUUGUGCGCGGCCGAGGUAAUGAAUUUGUCCUCCUUUCACGCAGGGAUUCCAUGUGAACCCGAUCACGCGUCGCGCUCGGCGGCAGAAUAAAAGUUCAAGAGAUCGCGGGGAGGUGAAGCGUUGUGCUUUUAUGAAAAGUGAUAUGCUGAUAGGGGUCGCCCUUUUCAAAGGCCGCCGUGUCGGCCGCCGCCCCGCAGCGCUCGGAUAAAACACCGGGUCUGUUUGGAGAGUCUGCGCCCGGCCCGGAUUUUAGAAAUGUCAGCCGCCGCCAUGCAAAAUUGAUGCCCAAUCAUAAACGAGCGCCGUCACAGCGCAGGGAGCCGCGCUAAAUAAUUCAGCGUUUGUCUCGUUAUGAUUCCCCUCAAAGGCGAGGCAUUCAGGGGCGGCGGGUCCGCUGAUCCGAUCUCGCUCCGGUGGGUGCUUCUCUGAACACCCGAGACCUUGUUCUCGUUCAGACUGGAACAGAUCGGAUCUCUGCGGGGCCAAGGACUUACACCUAGCAGGUGUCGCUCGCCCGCUAUCUCACAUCUGUCGACAAGUCCUGCUGACAUGUCAACAUGGGGGGGGCGGGAGGGGGGGGCUCGUCUUUUUUCACUUUGACGUGUCGACAGGAUCGUACACACUCUCCUUAGACACGGCACACACACACACACACACACACACACACUGUUGUUAAAGGCACAAUGAGUGACCUGAAGGUAAACAGUCAGAAUCUAAAACAGAGGAGGGGUGUGAACAGACUCUGACGGACUGACAGGACUUUGUAAAUGGACAUAGAUCUUAAAGGUAUAGAUCUCUGAUGUGUUUUCUAUCUGUAGAGUCUAGAUAAACACCUUUAGAUAAUAUGAAUGUUGUUUUUACUCCCAGGUGACUCAGGAGAUCAGUGAUCCCAGCAGAGUCUUCCGCCUCCUCGGCUCUGACAGGUCAGUCCCAGAUUUCCUCUCCUUCACUAUCAAACACAAACACCACCUCCUCCUCCUCCUCCUCUUCCUCCUCUUGUUUGUCCUCUAACGUCGGCUCGCUGACCCACAUAACAGCGGGCCGCUCCUCCCUCAGGUCUCUGUGUUUUUCUUCCACAUGGAAACGACCUGCUGGCCUGCUGUGUCUGUAAACCCACAGCUCCUCUCGGUCCGUCUCUGUCCCUGUAGACCGCCGUGUUUACCUCCCACCUGCUCAUUCUUUCCAUCUUAUGUAUUAAACCCUGCGGCCACUGAUUGUACUCGAGUCUGAGCAGAUGAGAACUUCCUGAAAAGUUCAGAGUUCUCUGAUCGGAUGGAAACUAAACUGACCGACAUCUCUGCGAAAAUAAACAAACACAUCCUGAAAAUUGACAAGAUUUCAGUUUGACUUCAUCACGAUUCAGAGAGCGACCUGACAACUGUCCAGAAGACCGUCUCUGACCCCCUCCAGGGUCAUGCUCCCACCGUCAAGCGACUCCUGAGGAAGAUCAGAGAAGUCCCGUUUCAUGAUAGUUUUGGGUUCUCAAAUCAUACUGGGUUUUAUCAAGUCCUGAAGUCUACCAGGAGGUUUUAGAGACCCUCAUACGGGAUUUCCACUGCAUCCAGAACAGCUCCGACCCGGAACGGCGUCCGACAAUUUUCACUGUCCGUUUCGUGGCAGAUUACGGACAGUGGUAAUCGCAAGAACUCGCUUGGAUUCAUGCAAUCGCGCGAUAACGAGUUGUCUCUAUAAAGACAGCCACAUAGACAUAUAAGCAGUAGAUUGUGUCCUUCCAGAGGAGGAAAUCUACUUCUAGACUUCUAGAAUCAGCAUCUCCUCAUCCAUGGUGUCAUUGGGGUGAAAUGACGUCUAAAAACCUUUCACUUGUUCGUCUCCGCCCGUUUGCAUGGUGUGAAAUACGAUCCUCCUGAAACACGGAGUGUUUUAUUUUGAAAAGAAGCCGGAUGUUUUAUUUUGUGUCUGUGCCCGACUUCCUUUCCAGCACGGGUUAAUCUGUGCUGAAUUUAUCCGCCAUGCUCCGGCGUCCAGAAAAAAUAGAACUCUUGUGAUCAGCUGUGGAGUCCGGCGAUCUGCAGAGGAACGGAAAGAAGUCGGUGGGAAUUGACACGUUAACUUGAAUGGUUACGAUCAGCUACGAUCGGAGGAUACGACCUUUUAGGAGACGAUCAGGAUGAAGGGGGAGAUUGGGGGUCAGGCUCCAUCUGCCAGAGAUGCAGAUUUGGUUCUCCAGCAGGACCUGGGACCUGCCCACAGCGCCAAAACUACCACAAACUGGUUUUCUGAGAAUGGUGUGGCUGGGCUUGAUGAUACCUCAGAGAUCCUCCAUGGGGGCCAGGAUCUGGUCUAGAGAAAGAUGAUCUAGAUCGACUAAGAUUUCAAAGUCUAAGAACUUUCUGGUACCACUCACUCCUGGUGGUCCCCCCGACUGUAGACCCAGAACGAGGCCUCCCUCCCUCCCUCCAUCUCGCUCUCUGCCCAGAACCCCCUCCUCCAUGUUUAAUUCACCGCUCCUGCGGCCCUGCCAGCCCUGCCGGGCCCUGGUUUGAGUGUCUCUCUGCUGUAAUUUCAUCUGAUGGAAGACACCGUUUGGAGCGGAGCAUCCUGAUCCGCUGUCACCGCCAUCUGAAGAUUCACCCUGCUGUCGUCCUGAUCUGACCGCGACAGCUGAUCGGGACGACUAAUGAGCCGUUUAGCGUCCUCUGUUAGUUCGCCGCUGACGCUCUGAACCCUGACGGCGAAGGAGACGUGGUGUUGUCCAGAUAUUGAAUUGAUAGAAGCUGCUCUUCGGGUGAUCAGUCAUAUCAGAACAAUACUUGUUUAAAGGCAACGGCUGAAGUUCAGUGUGAUGUUCUCUGUGAUGCUGUUGUUGCUAGGAUACAGACUCAGCAUCCUAAGGCACUUGUAUUGAAUUGGAUUGUAACUUCUCCCUCCUCUUCCUCUCCUCUUCCUCAGGGUGGUGGUCCUGGAGAGCCGGCCCACAGACAACCCCACGGCCCUGAGUAACCUCUACAUUUUAGCCGGUCACGAGAACAGUUACUGAGACGGCGUGGACGACGACGGCACGCUCCAGACUCUUGACUUCAGGAUUCGUCGUCGUAGUUGUCGUCAUGGGAACAGUCUGUUUCAAAAGCAGGUUUUUGUUACCGAUCGGGAUCUACAGGUGGGUUAGAAGAGGAGCGUCUUCAGUCCCGGAAUCCGGAUUCUUGAGCGGCCUUGCAGCAGCGACUCGCUCACUGAUGUAGCAGGAGGCGCAGAGACGAUGGCGGCGCCUACGAACUUUGUUACUGACCGUUUUCUCUCUGUACUGUGGACCGAGUUACAAACCUGUUAUUUAGAGGUCUUAUGCUGCGAUCGAGUUAAGAUGUCGGAGCUGAAAAAUACGUCGCACCAGAGUUACUAGUGUAAGUCGAAAAAAAAAGCGAAAACAAGACGGCUGCGUCUACGAAAGUUAGCCUGAAAUUUUUUUUUUUCCGACUAACGCUGGUAACUCGGGUGUGACGUCAUUUUCAGCUCCGACUUCCGAAGUAACUCUAGCGCCGCAUUAUUGUUCUUAUUGUUUUAAUAAUGAUUGUCUAAAGUGCCAUUAAAGUCGCAGCAGUUCUGUGAUCGUAUUAUUAGCAAAGAUGGGAGAUCGGCCGUGUUUCCGUAACGCUGAGAGGAGAUUUGUAGUCAAACUAAUAGAUUAGUUUCAACAGAAACCCAGCAGCAUUGUGGGUAAUUUAAGCGAUAUUUAUUAACCUCAUGUUUGGGUAUGUUUGAUUUACAGACCUUGUUAACCGGCAGUGUCAGCGGAUUAACUACCUAGUGUAAAAAUCCCGAGCAGCGUUGGGUUCGUUUUUCUGACGUUUUUUUCCCGCUCUCUCUCUCUCUCUUUCUCUCUUUCUCUCUUGCUCGCUCGCUCGCUCUGCUGCGUUCGUAGAUAUAAUGUACAUUUCCCUUUUUCUCGACCUUCCUCUUUUAUAGACUCUUUUACUCCUCAUUAUUUGCACCAUGUAAGCACUUUUGUACAUUUUUUUUAUUUAAAGAUAAAACGACAAAAUAAGGGACGGAUGCUCGUUUUUUUUCGUUAACAUCUCUGCAUUCCCUUGGCAAAUGUUUUAAUGUCUGCUGUUUUUGUAAUAAAAAAAAAACGCUGUUAACAGGACG